CAUGAAUUUCCUUAUCGAUUCCAAGUCGUAUUGCAGCCAUGUGCAGUAAAGUUGAGAAGUACAGCGAAGACGAAGUAGACUCCAAAGACGUGGAAUGGAUAGAAUGGAAAGAAUCGGUCGAUCAUUUUGUCGCGAAAAAACAAAGGAUGGAACGAACUCCUUGUCCCGACAAUAGUCAUAUAGGAGUGUUCCCAAACCAAAGAGAGGAUCCUCUUCUUCCAAAAGGCUUCACAUGGGGCAGACAGAAACAAUUAUACUGUCCUCCGGAUCUCCUCUGCCAUAACCUUGUCAAUACCGACAAGCCGACUCUGGACCAUGAAUUUGGCUACGUAUUCUGCCACCGCGGACUCUACGACCGUGCUCAGGGCAUUGUUGACAAUUCCGCGGCCGCCAUCGAGAAUGGAGUAAACCACGGGUAUUAUCUUCAUGAGCUUGACUCGUUUGUCUUUGACCGGCUGGACAAGACUAUCGUGGUCCAUGAAAAGGGAGCCUUUCGUGUUUCGGCAGAGGACAAACAAUGGAAAGAAAUGACUAUUUUCGAGAUCCUCAAGAUGUUUCUGGUUGAUCGAAAAGUUGAUCUGAGCAAACUUGACUUUACAGAGUCAUUCGAGAAGACGGACCAAGCUGUGCCGGAUUUAUUAAGUACAUUUUGGAAGGAAUUGCUUCAUCCUACUGGGGUCACACUUCAAAUAGAUAUGAGGGACGACGACUUUAAGAAGCUCUUUUCUUAUUACUCAUAUCACAUUUUCCAAGGAACUAGCCAUCGCAAAAGCUUAGGAUCUCAUCUAUUCCGGCCGACAAUGUUCAAGGGCUACAAUCAUCAUUUCAAGUCGUUCGACGCUCUUCGGGAUGCCAUCGAGCAAGAAUGUAUUACAGCAUAUGGCCGAAAUUACUUCGAAACUGAACACCUGCAUUGGUUUCCUCAUUUGAUGAUGGUCAUUGCCGCUGAGGCUGUGAUGGAACUUUUGAAGGAGGAAUAUCCAUCAUACUCAUUACCCCAAAAAGGGCCACCCUUUGAUUUCAGCACUACACCAAGCUACGAGCAGAUCUAUGUACUUGCCAUGAGACACAUAUCCUCCUUUGUGGACAUUGGAAAGAACCAUUACAACUUCAUACUUGAAGUUGAAUACAGUGGCCUUGGACUAGGGUACGAUGUGAAAAAUGACCUAGCAUGGAACCCUUUAAAUGGAGAGCGGAUAGUAACCGAGGAAGUAAUUUUCGAGGCCCGGUUUGACCGAGCCUUGAUAGACGUAACCUUGGAGUUGAAGAGAGCCCACAAAGGGCUGUUGAUCGCAUCCUGUACGAGAUUGCCCGAUGUCAUUUUGCCAACAGGAAAUUACAUUGCAGGAUAUUUGACAUCGAAGAUGAAACCUUGGGAAACUGAAGAGAAAGGAAUCUCACGUCAUCUGAGAACUAUCCAUGGAGGCCUGAACCCGCAGUCAGACAUCUGCCGGCAGUCGCGGACUGCAUUGACCACUGCAUGCGCCGGAGGCCACCGAAUCAUUAUUGACCUAUUGUUUCAGCGAGGGGGAGCAAUCAACUUCAUCCCAAGGGGUGGCUCAAGUCCAUUAUAUUGGUCAUCUGCCUGUGGCCACGUAUCAAUUGUCCAACUACUACUGGAGCGUGCAGUAGGCGCUGCUGGCGGAGUGGCCGUUGCAGGUACCAGUGUUGAUUGGGGUGGCUCAGAUGAACAUCUAGGUAGCCAGUGUGGGUGUUGUGACGACGGAUGCGGGCGCUGCGGAGGUGAAGAUGAAUGCAUGCCUGACUGCUGUGACGAUGAAACAAGUGACCACGGCGAAAUCUCCUGUUGUACCAUCAUGCAGUUAGCUGUCGAAUCAGUGAUUCAGCGUUUAGUGAUUGUGGAGAUAACCUCCAAUCAUUGCACAUGUUGUAUCUGCCUAUCAUUGGCUUCACUGCUAUUUGCCAUCAACUUUAGUCGAAUAGGCGCUUCUGCAUGCGGUGCUGCAACCGCGCGGUUAUCUAAUAAUUGCCUCGGUAAUUACCUUACACGAACAAGGCUGAAACCUUUGUAGGCGCCCAUUGCAUUUUUACAAUUAGGCUUUGCCGUAUACUGCAGCAUGUGGGGCCCAACCCUGCAGGAAGCCAACAUCAAAUGGAGUGCAGAACUUGGCUGUAGCCUGUUCAAACUGCU